AUGGAAACGAAUUUGGACAGCCACGUCACAGCUAAGACGCGUGGAAACUUUCGAACCAAGAAAUCAACGGCUUUUGACGAUGCCAUGGGUCUUAGAAACAUGAAAAAGAUGAAGCGCAGGCGCGUCACACAGAAGCGACGAGAAGCUACGGACGGCAACGAACACAACAAAAUGUACAAGACAAUGGAGCAAUUACCACUGGGACCGGAUAGUUUGCAUUUAAUGCAACAAUUGCAUGUAAAUCAGCGAUACAAUCGCCAACCGAGACCAAUGCCGGACAUUGCCGGUGUCAAGAGUUUGUCGCAUUAUGAGGCUCAACUAGAUGUGAAGAAAAUUCAGCAUCAAUUGACGGCUUUUGAAGCUUGUACAGGGAUUAAACUGCCAGGUGGUCGUCCGAAGGUUGGGGACAAGGACCAUCGUCGUCUCUUUCUUGUGGAUGACAUUGAUUGCAAGAACAAUACACUAGGAUUGAAGAAUCGUCGUGCAAGGACUGGUGGAGUCAUUACGCCCGAGGAAAUUGUCGAGACAUUACCGGCUGCUCGACGUGCUGUACGCAUCACACAACGAGAACUUGGAGCCUUGACAAUCGAACGCGAAGAAUUGGAGCGGGCUUUUGCCAGGCAUCGCUGCACGCUACUGUGGCAGAUAGGUGAGAUGAAGCGCAUGCAAAAGCAGCAGAAUCGUGUGGCACGUGCGCUCAGUCGCAAAGUGGUGAAUACAGCAAAAAGCUUGGAGUCAAGUCGACGGCGCAAUAGCGCACUUCAGGACAUUAUGACGGAGCUGAAUGCGCGAGGCAGCCGUAUUUUGCGCCUCGUUCGGGAAAAGAGCAGACUUGAAGCAAUGUUAGAAGCACAGAAUGUCGAACUUCCUGAGAUUAAUGAGGUUUGUGCCGGUGACCUUGUAAAAUGGACUCCAUUCGGGACUGGUCGUGUGCUUGAAUUGCGCAUAGACACACGACAACUUGUGGUAAAGCUGGACUUUGGUGGCGUUGGGUACAUUCAAGAAGAGAAUGUGGAGGUCUUGCCGUCAGAUAUGACGUACACUGAAACCGAAGAUGCACUUAAAAAAGGUUUUUUUGAGAAAAUUGGAGCUUUUGUGCUGCCUAGGGCCAAGCUGCGUGUGUUGAAUGGAGGGUAUGACUUUACGCAGAGUGACAGUGAUGAGGAGGAGGACUCGGACAGUGAUAGUGACGAAUAUUCAUCAUUAGAAGAGAAAUUAGGAUCUACGCCUGGUGAUGAUUAUAUGAAAGACAUAAGUCAGCGUAGAGGCAAGAAGCGACGACUCAUUAUGACAUCCACGUCUGGAGCUAGCAGUAAAGAGUUGAAGAACCGUCGCGUAAUCGAAUUCCCAGCAUCUACGAUACCGAUCGUUCCGUAUGAGACGGGACUCUUAAUUAGUCCUUUGAGCGAGCUGCCUGAACGUGUAGCUGCUGUUGGCCCCGGUGCACUCCAGUGGCUUCCGUCGUAUUUGCCUAAAAAUAUGGACGAAUGGGAGCAAGAGCGUUUAUCGUCGCUUCAAAUGAAGGGCGAAAUCGAACGACUGCGGUUCCAGUUACAGAAAGCCGAAGCGCAAAAGCUGGAUGCGCAGCAGCUUGCAAGUGAUCAGCUCGAGUCCAUCAAUCAGCUUGUAUCACAGCUUGACAAGUUAAGAGAUAGCGCUUGUGUUCCUAAUAGUCCAGGAAUAUCAGCGGACGUAUGCCCAAAUUGCAAAAGCCACAAAACAUCAAAAGCGCACAAGACUUCGUAUUUUGAAAGAGGCAGUAUCAUUCAACGGAAAGAUUCUGGUCCAGAGCAAGACGAUAGUACGUGCCUUCUCUUUGUAUCUGUAACUGGAGGGCUAGUGUUCGUGAAAGCUGAUGAAGGAAAACCUUGUUUUUCCAAAGGUGAUGACGACCCCUCUGAGACCAAUAGUUCAAAAGCUGGUGAUAACGACAGUGUACACAGUGAUGCGAGAAAAAAAUCGAAGAGGAAGCACAGCCAUACUGAAAACGCAGAGGACGAGACCAGCAACGAGACAAAUGACGCCACACCAUCUAGGACGAAAGCAAAAGUAAAACCUGUGAAGCGCUCUCUUCGACCACGAAGGAAAGUUACCACAGCCUCUCCAAAGCGGAAGUAA